AGCAAGAGGUCAGAACCCUUGCUCAGGCCUCACGCCUCGACUCCUUCGGCUUCCGCGCCCUCUACCCUCGAAGGAGGAGAGGUUCGCGGCCCUGAUUGCAGGAGCUCGGUGAUCGUCGGCUUUAUCUCGCUGGCUAAUUCGAUUGCCGGCGGUUCGUGUUGUUCUCCGUUCUCGAGCGAGGGCGUUUUUGGGAUUUCGCCUGACAGGGCUCUACCGUCGGCGGCUGCUUCUGGUGGUGGCGUGGACUGAAGAAAUGGCGAUGGGGCGUGUUGCGAGAGAGAGGAGGAGGGGUGGUGGUGCGGAGAGAUUGAGGAAUGGUGCGAGGAAUGGGUGGUUUUCGCGGCUUUUAGCGGUUGGUGCGGAAGCGAGGCCGGCUUUCACUGCUUUGACGGUCGGUUUGCUCUUUGGAUCGCCAUUGGCCGAGGCAAGGUCAAUACCCUCUUCGUCUAUGUAUCCCACUCUCGAAGUUGGCGACCGCGUUUUGGCUGAAAAAGUGUCUUACAUCUUUCGACAACCUGAGGUUUCAGACAUUGUAAUAUUCAAGGCGCCUCCAGUUUUGCAGGAAGUUGGCUUUGGCUCGAGUGACGUGUUCAUAAAAAGGAUUGUGGCAAAGGCUGGAGAUUAUGUUGAAGUUACCAAUGGUAAACUUUUGGUGAACGGUGUUGCUCGUGAUGAAGAUUUCAUCUUAGAGGCACUUGGUUAUGAGAUGGAGCCAGUGCUUGUGCCCAAAGGAUAUGUUUUCGUGAUGGGAGACAACCGUAACAACAGUUUUGAUUCCCAUAACUGGGGUCCACUUCCUAUCAGGAACAUAGUUGGUAGAUCAUGGUUCCGCUAUUGGCCUCUGUCCUGGGUAUCCUAUACUCUGCACAAAGCACGCAGCAUCAAGAAUGCCAUUUCUUUCUCGUGACACAAACUGUUCUGCCAUCCCAGCAAGAAUUCAUCUACCUUAGUUUUAUUUUUCACAUUCGCAGUGCAUUCACAAGAGAUGAUGAAACCGCUUAGCAGAGACAUGAAAAAAGAAAGCCAGUACGACUGUGUUUAUUCUUUUUGGAGCGUUAUGAUUUGUUACAUUGAGCGUUUCAGCCGUCAAUCUUUGGAUGGAUACAGCUUAGAACCAAUUUUGUUGACCUCCGUAGCGACUGUUCAAAUGCAAAGAGAGAGGAAAAGCUUGUCAGCGUUGGUUGUUUCCAAUUAAGUUGGUGAUGUUGCAAUCUGUGGAUGACGUUAUUAUCUUCCGUUGUCUCUUUGUUCUAAUGAAUCUAAACCGUAACAAAUGAAUGUAGAUCAUUAUCAACUAUUUUAAAAGUUUAAGUUGUUAGAU